UCAAUCCGUCCCGCCUUGUCGGCACUGGGCGCUCUGGGGCGCUCGGCAGACGGACAAACAUCGGUUGUACGUAAAUACGUAGUAUAGGAGGGCUGGGACGGAAGUCGGUCGUGUGUUCACUAUAGUCUAUGUGAUUUUUCUCAGCUUCGCGAUAUAUUAAUCUGUUGUGAUGUCGGAAGAGUCGCAGACACGGGACGCGGUGGAGCAAGUGACGCAGGACGUGAAGGACGUCAAGCUGGAGAACGGCGGAGCGGCGGGGGCAGGGGGCGACGCGGGGCCAGCGGGCGCGACCAACGGAACGCCCGCCAAGAACGACGACAAUGCUAUACCCUUUAAAGAGGCUUUCAAAUUAUUUUCAAAAUUCGGCGAUCCAAAGUCUGACGGCAAAUUGAUUACAUUAUCCCAAAGCGAUAAAUGGAUGAAGCAAGCGAAGGUGAUCGACGGAAAGAAGAUCACAACCACCGAUACUGCAAUUCACUUCAAGAAACUUAAGAUAUUGAAAGUCGGUGUUGAUGAUUAUCAGAAAUUCCUUGAGGACUUGGCCAAGAGCAAAAAGGUGGAACUGGAAGAAAUCAAAAGAAAACUUACAACGUGCGGACAACCUGGGAUUACAACUCAUUUACCAAAAUCCCCCGCGGCCGCCGCCGCUGUAGAUAGACUGACGGACACUAGCAAGUACACCGGCUCCCACAAGCAGCGCUUUGACACCACCGGCAAGGGCAAGGGCAUUGCCGGCCGCAAGGAACUCGUCGACGCAUCGGGAUACGUCACCGGGUACCAACACAAAGACACCUAUGAUAAGUCACACUAAUAUGUUUAAUAUUCAUGGCCUUAGAAUUACGUUAUAUGUAAUCCCAAUCUAUUGUUAUUAUUAAAUAAUUCGGAUAUAUUAUAUUUGUGCACAAAAACAUAUGUGCAAAUCGUUCCGUGUAUUCUCGGUUAUUAUUUUCAAUAACAUUGACGCCGUUUACAUCUUUUUGAAAAUGAAAAUACACGACAGGGUGCA